GGCACUGGGCACCGGCUCCGUGUCGCGAUCAGCAUCUUACCUUAUCCUGCUCUUGCACAGCCACUUUACAAAAACAGAAGACUGAAACCAAAAAGGAAAGGUACAUACAUGGCGUCGCUGGCUCAACAAUUCACAGGCCUAAGAUGCUUACCGCCCUCAACGUCUCGCCUCAGUAAAAGAGCUUCACUAUUAUCCUCUUGGAAGACUAGAAAGUCUACUUUUGUUGUAUCAGCUGUCGCAAUUUCUAAUGCGCAGACCAAAGAGAGGGAAAAGCUUAAGGAACUCUUCGAGGAAGCCUACGAACGCUGCCGUACUGCUCCAAUGGAAGGCGUUGCCUUCACCGUCGAAGAAUUCCAUUCUGCUCUUGAGAACUAUGACUUCAUUUCUGAGAUUGGCGCCACGGUGAAGGGCACAGUUUUUAUGACUGAUUCCAAUGGCGCAUUGGUUGAUAUUACUGCAAAAUCUUCUGCAUUUUUACCAGUUCAAGAAGCGUGCAUUCACAAGAUAAAACAUGUACAUGAAGCUGGUAUAGUUCCUGGAAUGACAGAGGAGUUCAUAAUUAUUGGUGAAAAUGAAGCUGAUGAUAGCUUAGUCUUGAGCUUAAGGGAAAUUCAGUAUGGACUUGCCUGGGAAAGGUGUAGGCAGCUUCAAGCUGAGGAUGUUAUUGUGAAGGGUAAGGUUGUUGGUGCAAACAAAGGUGGAGUGGUUGCAAUAGUGGAGGGCCUUCGGGGUUUUGUCCCUUUUUCACAAAUAGCAUCGAAUUCAACUGCAGAAGAACUUCUUGAAAAGGAGCUUCCACUAAAGUUUGUUGAUGUUGAUGAGGAACAAUCUAGGCUUGUGCUAAGUAACCGCAAGGCCAUGGCAGACAAUCAGGCACAACUGGGUAUUGGAUCAGUGGUCCUUGGUACUGUUCAGAGCCUGAAACCAUAUGGCGCCUUCAUUGAUAUUGGUGGAAUCAACGGCCUUCUUCAUGUCAGUCAGAUUAGUCAUGAUCGCAUCUCCGAUAUUGCAACCGUCCUUCAACCUGGUGAUACUCUCAAGGUCAUGAUACUAAGCCAUGACCGUGAGAGAGGUAGAGUAAGUCUUUCUACCAAAAAGUUAGAACCUACUCCUGGCGAUAUGAUUCGCAAUCCAAAGCUUGUUUUUGAGAAGGCAGAGGAGAUGGCUCAGUCAUUCAGGCAGAGAAUUGCUCAAGCAGAAGCUAUGGCUCGUGCUGACAUACUGAGAUUCCAGCCUGAGAGUGGACUAACGCUCAGUUCAGAUGGAAUAUUGGGUCCGCUGACUUCUGAUCUACCAGCAGAGGGUUUGGACUUGAGUGCUAUUCCUGCGGCAGAAGAGUGAUAUGAUCUCAUUUUUUGGUGACUUUGUCCUUUCAAGUAAAAUUUGUACAAAUGGCUUCACUUUUUUGCCUGAGCUAAAAACGUUAACAAUUCUUCCGUUUGAUUUUAUUGCGUACGCGUACUUUUGUCGUUGUACGUGAAAAAUCAGAAAAUCAAUUCAUGCACUUCAAUGGAAUAUAGCACCCGCGAAUGUUACGAUUUCAACA